AAAAAAUGUUUCGAUGAACAAUACAAUAUUUCAAAAUGGCGAUUGAAACGAAUAAGCUUUUGUUGUCUACACAGCAGGAAAAACCAAAUCAUUAUACUUACCUGAAAGAAUUUCGCGUUGAGCAAUGUCAAUCGUUUCUACAACACAAAUGUAAUCAACAUCGUCCUUUUGUAUGCUUCAAUUGGCAUUUUCAGAAUCAGAGACGCCGAAGACCAAUACGGAAACGGGAUGGUACUUUUAAUUAUAGUGCCGACAAUUACUGUACAAAAUAUGAUGAGACAACAGGAAUAUGCCCAGAUGGAGAUGAAUGUCCAUUUCUGCAUCGUACAGCUGGUGAUACGGAAAGACGUUACCAUUUACGUUACUAUAAAACCUGCAUGUGCGUGCAUGACACGGAUAGUCGUGGAUAUUGUGUAAAAAAUGGUCAUCAUUGCGCGUUCGCUCACGGUGCCCAAGACCAACGUCCACCCGUUUAUGAUAUUAAGGAAUUAGAAGCUUUGCAAAAUGCAGAAUUAACCUUAGAUGGAGCGAACGCUCAAAACGCUUUGGAUAGAGAGCGUAAUUUAAUGAAUGAAGAUCCCAAAUGGCAGGAUACUAAUUACGUUUUGGCUAAUUACAAAACUGAGCCUUGCAAGCGGCCACCCCGUUUGUGUCGUCAAGGUUACGCUUGUCCGCAGUACCAUAAUAGUAAGGAUAAAAGACGAAGUCCUCGGAAAGUAAAGUAUAGGUCUACCCCUUGUCCAAAUGUUAAACACGGCGAAGAAUGGGGAGAGCCAAGUAAUUGCGAGUCUGGUGAUAAUUGUCAAUAUUGUCAUACGCGUACUGAACAGCAGUUUCAUCCGGAAAUUUAUAAAUCGACAAAAUGUAACGAUGUGCAACAAGCUGGCUAUUGUCCCCGUAGUGUGUUCUGUGCUUUCGCACAUGUCGAACCCUACAUUGUCACUGAGGAAAAGCCGCGGGAAGUAGAUGGAAUUUCAACAAAUUUAGCUUUAAGUGAUCUCAUAACGAAUGCAUUGCCAGACAUCAAUUCCCAAGAUACUAGUAACAAGUCGGGAUUGAUAGCUAUUAGCGAGAAUCUAUUAAAUAUCGACGACAAUGAAUCUACGAAAAGUAUGUUGGUAAAUACUCUAGAAAAGUCUGCUAAUCAGGGAAAAUAUUUAAAUUUCUCUUUGCCCAUGGAUAGGCUUUCUUGUACGAUUGACGAGCAGCGUGACAAUAGUUUAUCGGCAAGUUUAGCGAAUAGUAGUCUUAUUACUCGCACUUCGGCUCCUAUUAACAUUCCGAAUCCUGCUCUUAAUAACUCAAUAAACGACUUUAGUUCUGGAAACUUUGCCGUGAACAUUCCAUACAGUCCAAACAAUCAUGCGAGCCUCUUCAGUGUUCAGGAUGCUUUUAAUUAUGGUUGCUCCACUACAAACAAAUUUAGCAAUUCUUUGACGGCUACUAAUCAAAAUGAUUGCAGUAAUAAUUUCUUUUUCUCUUCGCAUGUCAUAUCACCCGGUUUUAAUGACAGCUUACCGAUUAGUCCUUCCGUAAGAAUAUCAGAAUUAAAUGCAUUGGCUGAUGACUUAAAUAGCAGUUCUGCUGGGAAUAAUUUAACUACAAAUAAGAAUGCAUUUUCAUUGCAAUCGCUUCAUACACAAAAUAGUAGCGAUGUGGGUCGUUUAACAAUUGAAUUAAUGACUAAAAAUGCUCAGAUUUUAAAAUUAUCUGGCCGUAUAGAAGAUAUAACCCGUAAGUUAAAUUUAGCUAAACAAGAAGUAUUAGAUUGGAAGGAACGUUACGAGUCCGCACAAAUUCAAUUGAAUUUAUCAUCAGAAUUACGUAAUUUAUCAAUUCAAAAAUUAAAGCAAUUACAGGCAAAACUGCGUUUGGAUUUAGAAGAUGUGGAGAAAGUUUUAUAUUUGGAAAAUGCAAAAAAAUGUAUGAAAUGUGAAGAGAAUAAUCGUACGGUAACUUUAGAGCCAUGCAAUCAUUUCAUAUUAUGCGAUACGUGUGCAACAACAAUUACGGAAUGCCCAUAUUGUCAGGUGCCCGUUGUAACUACACACACUUGAAACAUUCUAAAUCGACGGCGAACGUAUAUUAGUAUUAACAAAUUGUUAAAAUUGUAACUAUUACACUAAUUGUGUACAAAGCGAAUUGAGAAAAGAAACCACCAUAACUUAAGACACAAUGUGCAUAUAUUUACGUAAAUUUUUAGAAUGAAAAAAAUUUAUGAAAGUAAUAUAAAAUAAUUAAUUAAAAUUAAUUUAGUA